GUGUGCGAAGCUUCCGGGCGCCGGUGACAAGGGUCGACGAGGCGUGAGGAGGAUGGCGGAGACGAUGAGCGGCUCCGGUCCAGUCGUCUCGGAAGUCGGGACGCGACGUCUCAGCGACCUGCGGGUCAUCGACUUGAAGGCGGAGCUGCGGAGACGGAACCUGGACACGGGCGGCAACAAGAGCGUGCUGAUGGAGCGGCUGAAGAAGGCAGUUAAGGAAGAAGGGCAGGAGCCUGAUGACAGAGUGGACAUGGAAGACACAAGCAAGAGGGCCACAAAGAGAUGCGCUAAAGGACUGAAGACAGAGGAGGGAGGCAACGAGGACAAUGGCCUGGGAGAAGAGUCCAGAGAUGAGCAGGAGGAUGGGGUCAUGGGUCGGCAGAGCUGGCAGGAUGGGGAUGCCAGGGAAGCGGGCGUGCUGGACAGAACCAACGCCGAGGACAGCAGUGCUCCCGAGCUGGGGGCUGACUGCGCUCUCCACUCCUUCUGUGACAGUAAAGAGUACGUGGCCGCGCAGCUGGGACUCCUUCCAGCUCAGCUCCUGGAGCAUGCUGUGGGCAAGGACAGCUUCAAGAGCACUCUGGAAGCUUCAGCAUCAGACCUUGGAGUAACUGCGGCAGAUGAUGGCACCCCCACGGAGGCAGAAAAUGAGAAAAUACUCGACAUUUUGGGGGAAACUUGUAAAUCUGAGCCAGGAAAAGAAGAAGGUUCGGAGCUGGAGCGGCCCUUUGCCCAGGCCCCGAGUAGCGUGGGGCCGGACAGGAAGGCGGCGGAAGAAGAGGACCUUUUUGAGAGCUGCUGCCCCGCGGAAGAGGAGGAAGAAGAGGAAGAGGAAGAGCAGGAGGAGGAGCAGGAGGAGGAGGGAGAUUUAGCUUUGGCCCGCGGCGAGGCCGAGUCUGCUGCACGUGCUCAGACGCGGUGUCAGUGGAGCGAGGCGGACGCCCCGUUAGCGGUAGUGAAAAGGGAGGCGGCGGAGCCGGGCGGAGGCGCAGUUGCAGUUGCAGUUGGAGGCGAAGCCGGGCCAGACCGCGGGCCUGUAGGGCCCGAGGAGCCAGUUGAGCAGAGUAGCGUGGCCGCCGAGCUCGCGGACGUCGCCAGCCAGGAGCUGGCGCGACCCCCGGCUGCCCCGAGCCCUGAGCCGCGAGAUAGCAAAGACGACGUGAAGAAGUUUGCUUUUGACGCUUGUAAUGACGGCCCUGCGGCUCCUAAAGAGUCCUCAGCCAGUGAGGGCGCUGAUCAGAAAACGAGCUUUUUUAAGGAAGAAAAGGACAUAAAGCCAAUCGUUACAGAAGAAAAAGGCUGCAGGGGCAGCAGCUCCGGAAGGAACUUGUGGGUCAGUGGACUCUCGCCCACCACACGUGCCACCGACCUCAAGAGCCUCUUCAGCAAGCACGGGAAGGUCGUCGGGGCCAAGGUGGUCACCAACGCUCGCAGUCCUGGCGCUCGCUGCUAUGGAUUCAUCACUAUGUCAACAUCGGAUGAAGCCACCAAGUGCAUCAGCCACCUGCACAGGACCGAGCUGCAUGGGAGGAUGGUGUCCGUGGAGAAGGUCAAAACCGAGCCCUCUGGGAAGAAGCUGGCGGACAGCAAAGCCUGUGACACUAGGGAAAAACUGCCAAGAGCAGACAGGCUGCAGCCCAUGGAGAUCAAGACUGAGAAAACUGUGAUCAAGAAGGAAGAGGGGGGGGGCAAAAAGCCUGAAGACAUCAAAAAGGAGGAGGACCCAGAUGAGCUGAGACCAGGUGCCGAGCGCUCUCGAGUCACCAAGUCAGGAAGCAGAGGUGCAGAGCGCACAGUCGUGAUGGACAGGUCAAAGGGCGAGCCGGUCAUCAGUGUGAAGACCACUCGAAGGUCGGAGGACAGGAGCUCCAACAGUCAGGACCGCAAGUCUGAGAGCCGGGAGAAGAGGGAAAUCCUGUCCUUCGACAAGAUCAAAGAGCAGCGGGAGCGCGAGCGCCAGAGGCAGCGGGAGCGUGAGAUCCGGGAGUCGGAGCGAAGGAGGGAGCGGGAGCAGCGGGAGCGAGAGCAGCGGCUGGACGCCUUCCAGGAGCGGCGGGAGAAGGCGCGGCUGCAGCGGCAGCGGCUCGAGCUCGAGUGUCAGCGGCAGCGCCUGGAGCGGGAGCGGCUGGAGCGGGAGCGGCUGGAGCGGGAGCGCAUGCGUGUGGAGCGCGAGCGGCGCAAGGAGCAGGAGCGCAUCAUGCGGGAGCGGGAAGAGCUGCGGCGCCAGCAGGAGCGGCUGCGGGCUGAGCAGGAGAGGCGGGCGCUGCGGCUCUGUGACCCAGAUGCCAGGAGAGAGGAUGCCUACUGGCCGGAGGGGAAGCAUGCAGCCCGGGAGGACAGGUACUUCCCACGGCCUGAACACUUCCACGACUUUGAACAUCAAGAGCGCAGCCAGUACCAGGGCCACGCCACAGACAGGAGGGAUGGCACCUGGCCAGCGAUGGUCGAGCGGGAUGGGCAGGCCCCCAGGAGAGCAUCGCCUUGUCCCUCCGGUGCCUUCCAGCACUACCUAGAGGAUCGCCUCAGCUUGGACUUUCGUGACGGCUGGGGUGUCUACGGAUCCGACAAGAGGAUGAGUGAAGGCCGGGGUCUGCCCCCUCCCCCCAGGGGCAGCCGAGAGUGGACAGGGCAUGACCCACGGCUAGGGGAGCAGCAGGUGCCCACAUGGAACGGCACUGUGGACAUAGGCGCGCCGGGCUAUGAGCCUGUGCGGUGGCAAGGUGCUGAGCGGGGUCUGCCGGGGCCUGCAGGGCCAGGACACGCAGCGGCGGCCCGGGGCGGUGUGGCCGGGCGAGGAGGCUUUGCACAUGGUGGACACGCCCAGGGCCACCUGGUGCCCAGUGGUGGACUGGAAGUUGGUGGUGUGGCUGACCAAGACCGGGGCCGAGUCCCGAAUCCCCACCCACACCCCAACCUGUACCCACACUUUACCCGCCGCUACUGAGGCCUGCGCUGCUCCGAAGCUACGUGGCUCCGGGUCGGCCAAGGCUGCCAGCCCAGCCAGCUUGCUCAGUGUUGAGCUUGGCUGGUCGGCGUGAACUCACCUCUCCCUGGUUUUUUAAUAAAUGUGUUUCUGUCCUGCUGUUUGUAA